GUGCUCGGUCCCGGCUUGCGGCCUUGUGAGCAGGAGGUGCAGGCGGACGUCGAGUGUGGUUACGCGGGAACUGGCGCAAUCCAUAAACAUCCGCGCCUCCAUCGCCUCGCGCCGUCCAUGAUCGACACGGGAAGUGCUGUAAUCGCGUUGGUGUUGCUGUGACAAGUGGUCAUUCAAGAUGUUUCUCUACAAUCUGACCCUGCAGAGAGCAAGCGGCAUCACACACGCCAUCCAUGGGAACUUCUCUGGGACCAAGCAGCAGGAGAUUGUCAUCUCCCAUGGCAAGAUCCUGGAGUUGUUGCGGCCUGACCCCAACACGGGGAAGGUGCACACCCUGCUCACGGUGGAGAUCUUUGGGGUCAUCCGCUCCCUGAUGGCAUUCAGGCUGACUGGUGGCACCAAAGACUACGUCGUGGUGGGGACCGAUUCGGGCAGGAUCGUCAUUCUGGAGUACCAGCCAUCUAAGAAUGCCUUCGAUAAGGUGCACCAGGAGACCUUUGGCAAGAGUGGUUGCCGACGCAUUGUGCCAGGCCAAUUCCUUGCCGUCGACCCCAAGGGCAGGGCCGUCAUGAUUGGCGCGAUUGAGAAACAGAAGCUGGUGUAUAUCCUGAAUCGUGAUGCUGCUGCCAGGCUGACCAUCUCGUCUCCUCUGGAGGCUCACAAGGCCAACACACUGGUGUACCACGUCGUGGGCGUUGAUGUGGGCUUUGAGAACCCUAUGUUUGCCUGUCUGGAGAUGGAUUAUGAAGAGGCGGAUGUCGAUCCCUCUGGAGAGGCCGCUGCCAACACCCAGCAGACUCUAACCUUCUACGAGCUGGAUCUGGGUCUGAACCAUGUGGUGCGGAAGUACAGUGAGCCCUUGGAGGAGCAUGGGAAUUUCUUAAUCCCUGUUCCUGGUGGUGCGGAUGGACCCAGUGGUGUAUUGAUCUGCUCAGAAAACUACAUCACUUACAAAAAUUUUGGAGACCAGCCUGACAUCAGAUGUCCCAUUCCGAGGAGACGGAAUGACCUGGAUGAUCCAGAGCGUGGAAUGAUCUUUGUCUGCGCUGCCACUCACAAGACAAAGUCCAUGUUUUUUUUCUUGGUCCAAACUGAGCAGGGUGACAUCUUUAAAGUUACGUUGGAGACUGAUGAGGACAUGGUGACUGAGAUCAGGAUGAAGUAUUUUGACACGGUGCCUGUGGCAACUGCCAUGUGUGUUCUUAAAACCGGUUUUCUCUUUGUGGCCUCCGAGUUUGGAAAUCAUUACCUGUAUCAGAUUGCCCACCUGGGAGAUGAUGACGAAGAGCCAGAGUUCUCUUCGGCCAUGCCAUUGGAAGAAGGCGACACUUUUUUCUUCCAAGUACGGCUCCUCAAGAACCUGGUGUUAGUGGAUGAGCUGGACAGCCUCUCUCCAAUCAUGGCCUGCCAGAUCGCGGAUUUGGCGAACGAGGAUACACCUCAGAUGUAUGUUGCCUGUGGGCGCGGACCACGUUCUUCCUUGCGUGUGCUUAGGCAUGGGCUUGAGGUGUCUGAGAUGGCUGUGUCCGAACUUCCUGGUAACCCAAAUGCUGUGUGGACCGUCAGGAAGCACAUUGAGGAGGAAUAUGACGCGUACAUCAUCGUGUCAUUCGUAAACGCCACGCUGGUGCUGUCCAUCGGAGAGACUGUGGAGGAAGUCACAGACUCCGGUUUCCUGGGCACCACACCCACGUUAUCGUGCUCGCUGCUUGGCGAAGAUGCCCUCGUACAGGUGUACCCAGAUGGCAUUCGUCACAUUCGUGCAGACAAGCGAGUAAAUGAGUGGAAAACGCCAGGGAAGAAGGCGAUUGUGAAGUGUGCAGUGAACCAGCGGCAAGUGGUGAUUGCUCUCAGUGGUGGAGAGCUUGUCUACUUUGAAAUGGACCCGUCUGGACAGCUGAAUGAGUACACGGAGCGGAAGGAGAUGUCUGCGGACGUCGUCUGCAUGAGCCUGGCAAAUGUACCAUCCGGGGAGCAGCGCUCGCGCUUCUUGGCUGUUGGUCUGGUGGACAACACCGUGCGCAUCAUCUCUCUGGACCCUUCGGACUGCCUGCAGCCGCUGAGUAUGCAGGCUCUCCCAGCCCAGCCUGAGGCACUUUGCAUUGUGGAGAUGGGUGGUGCUGAGAAGCAAGACGAGUCUGGAGAGAAGGGUUCUCUUGGAGGACUCUACCUCAACAUUGGCCUACAGAAUGGUGUCCUGUUGCGGACAGUUUUGGACACAGUGACAGGGGACUUGUCCGACACCAGGACGCGAUAUCUGGGCUCCCGACCCGUUAAGCUCUUCCGUGUCCUCAUGCAGGGACAAGAGGCCGUGUUGGCCAUGUCCAGCCGAUCCUGGCUCAGCUACUCGUACCAAUCGCGCUUCCAUCUCACCCCGUUGUCCUAUGAGACGCUGGAGUAUGCCUCUUGUUUUGCAUCCGAGCAGUGCCCUGAGGGCAUUGUGGCUAUUUCUACAAACACCCUGAGGAUUUUGGCUUUGGAGAAGCUCGGUGCGGUGUUUAACCAGGUGUCAACGCCACUGCAGUACACGCCACGCAAGUUCGUCAUCCAUCCUGACAGCAACAACCUCAUCAUCAUCGAGACGGACCACAAUGCUUACACAGAGGCCACCAAGGCUCAGCGCAAACAACAAAUGGCAGAGGAAAUGGUGGAGGCAGCAGGUGAGGAAGAGCGGGAGCUGGCGGCAGAGAUGGCUGCUGCCUUCCUCAACGAGAACCUACCUGAGACCACGUUUGGCGCGCCCAAGGCAGGCAGCGGUCAGUGGGCCUCUGUGGUGAGGGCCCUCAACCCCAUCCAGGGCAACACGUUAGAGCUUGUCCAACUGGAACAAAAUGAGGCUGCCUUCAGCGUGGCCGUGCUGAAAUUUUCAAAUGGCGGAGACGAUUGGUACGUGCUGGUGGGUGUGGCCAAGGAUUUGAUCCUCGCGCCACGUUCUGUUGCUGGUGGAUUCAUCUACACGUACAAGCUUGUGGAGGACGGAGAGAAAUUUCAAUUUGUUCAUAAGACGCCAGUUGAAGAUGUACCAGCGGCCAUUGCACCCUUUCAAGGCAGAGUACUCAUCGGGGUAGGGAAACUGCUUCGCCUGUACGACCUGGGAAAGAAGAAACUGCUCAGGAAGUGUGAGAACAAGCACGUCGCCAACUUCAUCGUGGGCAUCCACACGGUUGGGCAGCGUGUAAUUGUGUCGGAUAUCCAAGAGAGCUUCUUUUGGGUACGCUACAAGCGGAAUGAGAACCAGCUCAUCAUCUUUGCCGACGACACGAUGCCUCGGUGGAUCACCACUGCCUGGCAGCUCGACUACGACACCAUGGCUGCCGCAGACAAGUUUGGCAACAUCGCUGUGGUACGACUUCCUCCAAAUAUCAAUGAUGACGUGGACGAGGAUCCCACGGGAAACAAGGCGUUGUGGGACAGAGGAAUUCUCAAUGGCGCCUCGCAAAAGGCUGAAAUCAUAAUGAACUACCAUGUGGGAGAGACAUGCCUCUCGCUGCAGAAAGCUACACUCAUUCCAGGCGGUUCUGAGUCCCUGGUAUACACUACUCUGUCGGGUGGGGUGGGCAUCCUGGUGCCCUUCACCUCGCACGAGGACCAUGAUUUUUUCCAACAUCUGGAAAUGCACAUGAGGGCAGAACACCCGCCUCUCUGUGGCCGUGACCACCUUAGCUACCGCUCCUACUACUUCCCUGUCAAGAAUGUGAUCGACGGGGACCUAUGUGAACAGUUUAACUCGAUGGACCCUGCAAAGCAGCGCAGUGUGGCUGAGGAACUGGACCGGACACCAGCUGAAGUCUCCAAGAAGCUGGAGGACAUACGCACUCGAUAUGCCUUUUAGAGGGACUGUGCUUAUUGUUAAUGCACAGUCCACACGCUUCACCUUGUUGAUUGUUUUUUUUACUUAAAGUAGCGCUUGGUUGUGACAUAAAGCGUAUCUCUGUUAUACAGCGUAAAUAAUUAAAUGUAAUAUUUUCAUAAGGUAUGGUGGACGAUCGCAUUUGUUCAAUGUGAUGGAUAUUUUUUUGUUCACUACUUUGUACACAAACCUUGUAGGGAAUGGGAUUACGUACAAAGUAAUUUAUUGAUAGUUUUCAUGGAGCUGAUGGGAUUUGUAGUAGAAUUUUGUAAAUAAUGUUUCAUGCGAAGCAGUGGAAGAAUCCUAUGUACAAUUGUUUUUACAGCUGUUGAAAAUAAAUUUACCAAACUAU